UUUGAGCUUUUCCUCCAUAAAAGUGCUUAUUUUCCACGCUGUCUACACAGCUUUCAGUCUCUAGCUCGCUGACUUCCUUUUUCUUGGUCAAUUUUUGUAGUUUUCUUUACUGUGAUUUUUCUGUUUGGUUCGCGGGAAAGAUGAUGGGAAAAGGUGAAGGACCGGCGAUCGGAAUCGAUCUCGGAACGACUUACUCAUGUGUGGGAGUUUGGCAACACGAUCAUGUUGAAAUCAUAGCAAAUGAUCAAGGAAACAGGACGACGCCAUCUUAUGUUGCUUUCACUGAUACAGAGCGUUUGAUCGGCGAUGCUGCCAAGAAUCAGGCUGCCAUGAACCCUACCAACACUGUCUUUGACACAAAGCGUUUGAUUGGAAGGAGAUACAGUGAUGCCUCAGUGCAGAGUGACAUCGAGUUGUGGCCUUUUAAGGUCAUAGCUGGUCCUGGUGACAAGCCAAUGAUUGUCGUCACAUACAAGGGCGAAGAGAAGCAGUUUGCUGCUGAAGAAAUCUCUUCCAUGGUCCUCAUAAAGAUGAAAGAGAUUGCAGAGGCUUACCUUGGCACCACAAUAAAAAAUGCUGUUGUUACUGUUCCUGCCUACUUAAAUGACUCUCAAAGACAAGCAACAAAAGACGCCGGUGUCAUUUCCGGUCUUAAUGUUAUGCGCAUCAUUAAUGAACCAACUGCAGCGGCUGUUGCUUAUGGACUUGACAAGAAAGCCAAAAUCAUUGAUGAGGAGAACGUGCUGAUUUUCGAUCUUGGCGGUGGGACGUUUGAUGUUUCUCUCCUAACCAUUACAGAGGGCAUUUUUGAUGUCAAAGCUACAGCUGGUGACACACACUUGGGUGGUGAGGACUUUGAUAAUAGAAUGGUGAAACACUUUGUUCAGCAGUUCAAGAGGAAGCACAUGAAAGAUAUUAGUGGGAACCCAAGAGCAAUGAGGAGGUUGAGGACCGCUUGUGAGAGAGCUAAGAGGAUUCUUUCGUCAACUACGCAAACUACAAUCGAGAUUGAUUCUUUAUAUGAGGGUAUUGAUUUUUACACGACAAUAACUCGGGCUAGGUUUGAGGAGCUGAACAUGGAUUUAUUCAGGAAGUGUAUGGAGCCCGUGGAGAAGUGUUUGAGGGAUGCGAAGAUGGACAAGAGCAGUGUCCACGAUGUGGUUCUUGUCGGAGGCUCUACUAGGAUUCCAAAGGUUCAGCAAUUGUUGCAGGACUUCUUCAAUGGGAAGGAGCUCUACAAAAGCAUUAACCCAGAUGAGGCAAUUGCUUAUGGUGCUGCGGUUCAAGCUGCAAUUUUGAGCGGUGAGGGCAACCAGAAGAUGGUGCAAGAGGCUAAGAAGUACAAAUCGGAAGAUGAGGAGCACAAGAAGAAGGUGCAGGCGAAGAAUGCAUUGGAGAAUUACGCGUACAAUAUGAGAAACACGAACAAAGAUGAAAAGAUUAGCGCAAAGCUUAGUUUUGCUGACAAAAAAAAGAUUGAAGAUGCAAUUGAUCAGGCACUUCACUGGCUGGAUGCGAACCAGCUCGCUGAGGCGGAUGAAUUUGAGUACAAUAUGAAGGAGUUGGAGUGCAUUUGUAAUCCAAUAAUUGCCAAGAUGUACCAGGGUGCUGGUGGCGGUGACAUGGGUGGAGCCGUGGAUGAGGAUGGUUUUUUCUCUCUCAAUAUUAAGUCUUCCAAGGAUGAUAAAAGAGCCUAUCCUGUCAAACACUUCACUAAGAAAACUGUGUCUCAGAGUCAUGCUCAUGUGGGGGGUAAGGGUUCUUCUCAUGAAGGUAAUGAACAAGCCAAGGAGAAAGCUGAGUUUGAUGUAACUGCUAGUGGUGUGGGGGAGCCUGUCUAUCCUCAGUCUAUUCGUGGUCAGAUCCUUCAGCUUGAACGUGGCAUGAAUCAGCGCUUUGAUCAUCUUGAUGCUCUUCUGGAGCAAUUUGAUAGGCGUCUAACCUCUUUAGAGUCUACUACUGGCCACAUUGCCUCUUCUGUUGAUCAGGUGACCUAUCGGGUCUCUUAGCUCCUAUCUUAUUACCAGAUGCAGCCAUCUUUACCACUGCCAUAUCAGUGAUUCUUCUUUAUCUGUGGUUGUUGGUCUCUCAUGGUUCUUGUAUUUCUAUUCUAGAUGUCUUUGGACUUGUUUUAUCUAUUAUGGUUGUAGGUCUUUGGGAUUGUCUCUGAUGGUUUUAUUUGUUUUUGGGAUUAGUACUUGCUGUAUUUUGAACAUGUUCUUGGUUAUUCUGCCUUUGUCUCUUCUGGACAAAAAUAGGGAGAGAUGUUAGCAUA